AUGAUUCGAAGUGAGUUUCCUCAAACUGAAUCUGCUGCAAAACUCGGACUUGUUACAGGCUUUGGACCUCUUUUGCCAACAGCAUUGGAUUCUAAAGAUGUCCUAUUCAUUGUAAUGGGCAGUGCGAAACAGGCUCAUAAGGCCAAGCUUCUUACAGAAACAUGGUUGCAAUGGUCUCAAGGAAACUUCUUCAUCUUUGCUGAUGCUGCUGACGCCAGUAUUCCUUUGAUAACUUUGCCUCAGCUUGAAAAUAAACCUUCAAGAGACGAUGCACAAUAUCGACAAUUCUAUGGAUCACAAUGGUUAAUUAGUAAUAAGUCUGAAUUGAUUAAGAAAGUAAAAUGGUUUGUGUUUACAGAUGACGAUACGUGGAUUAAUGUGCCUGCUAUUCUAUCUUAUCUUAAAUUCUUUGAUCAUCGAUUACUGCUAUCGAUUGGAUAUAUUUGGGAUGAUAUGUGGGUAACAGGAUGGGCAUACUUCACUGGAGGUGGUGGUAUUGUACUUUCUCAAGCUGCAUUCCUAUCAAUCAUACCAUCAAUUUUCACGAAAGAAUGUCCUUUCCAAGAACAAUUGAAAUAA